UUCUCCGCAAAGUAUGUAAAUCCCGCCAAGGCUGGAACUUCUGGUUCAGAGGUUCUGUGAGGCGCAUUCGUAGAGUUGACGUUUGCCUUUCACUUGAUCUGCAACUUCCGUCUCACUCGCGCAGUCAGAGAUCAUCUUUCCUGCGGCAGAUCCACUGUCCUUGACUGGCCUUGCGUUGCUCUUUCCUUCAACAGCUUCACUGCUCGUCGAAGGACUGACAUGGCUGGUGUACCACCUUCUUCAUUUCCUUGAGCUGGAUCUCGAGUCCUACUAUUCUUUCGCCGCCUGGUUAUCCCCAGUCCAGAUAUAGACUCAUCGUUUAUCCCUUACUCCAACGAUCGAAUUACGAGUCUACGCUAUGGAAGAAGCAAAGACGCUCAUCCGGACGACCGUCCGCACCUUCUUUACCCACCCAAAGCAGAUUCUCAUCGUGGACGCCCUCAUGCUUCACUCGGUCCUACAAAUGGACGACCUCACAGUUCUCGUUGCUGCGCAGCCUAAGGAUAUUCGAAGUCUUAUGAACCCUCUUCGUGCCGCCCGCCUUGUUCAGAGUCAUUCCCGAAUGGAAGUCAGAGUUGGAUCUCAACGCGGAAGUCCCAGAGAAUACUACUACUGUCCAUUCCAUCCGGCAAUUGAUGCCAUCAAAUACCGCAUCGCGAGAUUACGUAAGAAGGUGGAGGCUCUAUAUCAGCAGGACGAAACAAAAAGGAAAGACUGGCGGUGCCCACGCUGUAAAGCCGAGUAUGACGAUCUGGAGAUCUUAGACAAGGCUGGACCCGAGGGCUUCUACUGCGACCGCUGCAGUGGCAUACUGGAGCAAAAUGUGCAGGCAGCGCAAGAUCGAGGCAAUCACGAAAAGAUCCGACGCCUGAACGACCAGCUUAAGAAAUUCGACAACAUGAUUCUCAAGAUCGACAGGAAGGACGUUCCAGAGAACGACUUCGCCUCGGCCUGGGACAGGAAGAAAGACGUUCCCCGAGAACGUGGUGGGAAGGAGCAGAACCAAUACGUUGAACUCAAGCGGGACAACAAGAACUUGAAGCGUGGGCCGGAGAUGGUCAAGGCCGAGAACUUGGCAAUCAACCUCACCAGUGGUGCAGAGCAUGACCGAGAAGAAGCCGAACGUAAAGAGGAAAGAAGAAAGCUACUGGCCAAGCAGAACCAAUUGCCUGAGUGGCACACGAGCAGUGCGAUUGGAGCCGCAGCUGGCAGUGCUGCGGGUAUGAAGACAGAAGAUACAGAUACGAACGGUUAUAUCCCCAAGAAGGAAGAGGACGACGAGGAAAAGAAACCUGAUCUUGGAGCAGGCAAUGCAACCACGAUGCUUCAGGAUGAAGUUGCGGCUUAUAUGGCCGAGAUGGAGCGCGAGAGGCAAGAGGCGGAGAUCCGUGCUAAAGAGGAGGACGAGGACGAAGACGAAGAUCUGGAGUUCGAGGAUGUUGACGUCGCUGGCACCAGCAAUGUAGGCACGCCAGCGAGUGCACUCGAUUCGAAGCCCAUCAACGGCGUGAAAAGAGAGUUUGACGAAGAGAGCGGACCGAGCAGCGAUGCUAAUACUCCGGCGAGUUUUGGCGCAGACUGGAGUCGGGACAGUAAGAGGGUGAAAUUUGAGAAUGGUGCUUCCAACUCGAACGGCGAUGCUAAGAACGAGCUGGACGUCAAACCGGAGCCGGAGGGCGAUUCGGAAGAGGACGAGGAUUUCGAGGACGCCAUGUAACACACAUAGGAGGCUUAGGAAGACUCCGCCCAGCGUGACUUUGGGAUCGGAGGGCACCAUGGACAAGGAGUUCUGGGUCAUUAAGCAUCAGGGAUACUUUCCAAAAGCGAGGCGUUGAGGUCGGGGGCCGCUACUUGGAAGGUAUCAAGGUACGACAGGCACCUGCUUAUUCGCGGAUGGGAGUUAGGAAUAAAGAUCAAGGUAUGUUUAGACACGCCAG